AUGGCCUCAUACCUGGGAGUGGCCCGCAGUUUUGAUCUAGAAAUCGUGAGAACACUGGGCCAGAAUUCGGCCAACGAUGAAUACUCGACGGAAACAAUGGAAGUCAAUGUCGAGGUCGUCUAUAAUGUCACCCUCGCAUUCUUGCCACUCCUCCGGGAGGGGAACCGGAAAAUGAUCUUGAGCAUGAGCUCCAUCACGGGGUCUCUGGCACAUGAGGAGCGAUUCAUGAUUGUGCCUCACCAUGCUUAUAAAAUAUCGAAGGCGGCGCUAAACAGUAUUACCAAGCUACAUGCACUAGACCUGAGCGAUGAAGGGUUCACGUUCUGUGCUGUCUCGCCUGGGUGGCUGCGAGUAGACCAAGCUGGUCCUUAUGCCAACCUGAACGCUGAAAUUUGCGCAAAAGCAGUGCUGGACCUACUCGAGAGAUAUAGAGAAGCUCUCAACGGAAAGUUUCUAAAUAUUUAUGUCCCUGGUUGGGAGGAGAUUAAAGGACUGCAUAAGUACGAUGGCCUGACGUUGAAUGGUAAAUGGGAAACAGAUGUUGCGUACAUGGAACAUCUUGGGAUUAUGCGCCAUAGCCCUCCGCCGGGUGAAUCUUCCACCGGUAGCUGCACUUAG